UUUCGUAAGGAGUACUAGAAAUAUUCAGCCAAUGAAAUUGUUAAAAAGCGUAUUCUCCGGUGUUAGUGUUUCAGAAACAUGGCCGCCGCUUUAGCUACAGAGUUGCCCCAAGGAGGGUUUUCUUUUGAAAACUGCAAAAGGAACUUGAUGUUAGAAAACCAAGGGUUCAAGGCUCCCAAGGUUUACAAAACAGGAACAACUAUUUGUGGUGUUGUCUUCAAGGAUGGCGUUGUGUUGGGUGCAGAUACAAGGGCAACAGAGGACACUGUGGUUGCAGACAAGAACUGUGCCAAAAUACAUUUCAUCUCCUCUAACAUUUACUGUUGUGGUGCAGGAACGGCAGCUGACACAGAGAUGACGACUCAGAUGAUCUCGUCCCAGCUGGAGCUGCACCGACUCAACACAGGCCGCAAGCCACGCGUGUGUACAGCCAACAGACUGCUCAAACAGAUGCUUUUCAGAUACCAUGGUUACAUCAGUGCCGCCCUGGUGCUAGGUGGGGUGGACUCUACCGGCCCCCAUCUGUACAGCGUCUGGCCCCAUGGAUCAACAGACAAACUGCCAUAUGUCACCAUGGGAUCAGGCUCCCUUGCCGCCAUGGCAGUUUUUGAAGAUCGCUUUAAAGCAGAUAUGUCUCGUGAGGAUGCCAUGCAGUUGGUGCGAGAUGCCAUUGCUGGAGGCAUCUUCAAUGACCUUGGCUCUGGCAGCAACAUUGACGUGUGUGUCAUCACCAAGGACAAGACGGAGUACAUUCGGCCAUUCGACCAGGCCAACCUCAAGGGUGUCAGACAAGGCUCCUACCGCUACAAGCGAGGUACAUCGUCUGUGUUGAAGACCGAGGUGAAGAAAGUCGAGUUUGACGUUGUGCAGACCGAUGUGCGACCCCAGGAUAUGGACACCGACUAGACCAAGUUCUCAGUUCCUGGUGUGCUACAAGUACACAUCUUUCCAUCUUGGGUACAUCAUGCAGAUUGUAUAACUCAUGACUUGACACAAACACAAAAAAACAACACUGUAAAAUAGGAUAGAGUUGUUGAUAUUUUGUAUCGGUGUCAAUUCCUGUGUUGGUAGCUGCCUCUCUAACAUGGCACAGUAAAUGUUACACAACAUUUCAUCUCAUAGCAGCAUGGUCAUUCGAUACAUAGUUUUAUGUGAGCUAUAUCUAAGUGCUAUGAAGAGACGGGUUCAAUUAUGUUUGUUAACAGUUCAUGUCCAGCUGAUGUCUGACAGCUGUGUUGUAUGAAUAAACCUUGUCACUGUC